GUUGGCUAUUACGGACUUCCCACUGACGUUCCAACCUGUUCUGCCGACUCCUGAUCGGUUGUUGUUUUCGGUUUAUGAGUUUCCGUUUAUUGAGUAGCUUAUCUGCGAAGUUGCGGAGCGUUGUGUACAGGGCUGCGACCGUCGCAUUGAUCGACAUGAAGAAGGCGCAGGUUGUGUUCGUGCUAGGUGGGCCUGGCUCGGGCAAAGGAACCCAGUGCGUCAGAAUCGUUGAGAACUACGGUUACACUCAUCUGUCUGCCGGAGACCUGCUGAGGGCUGAACGGAGCCGAGAGGGCUCCGAGUUCGGACAGCUCAUCGAUAACCACAUUAAGGAUGGCAAGAUAGUCCCCUUCGAGAUCACCAUUAAAUUACUCAAGAAGGCCAUGGAGGAGACCAGGAGGUUAGAUGAGAAGAAGAUCCACUUCCUCAUCGACGGCUUCCCCCGAAACGAGGAAAACCUCCAGGGGUGGACCACCAUCAUGGAUGGGGAGGCUGACGUCAAAUUUGUGCUUUUCUUCGAUUGUAGCAAUGAGGUCUGUAUCAACAGAUGUGUAGAAAGAGGGAAGAGCAGUGGGCGCACCGAUGACAACAGAGCGAGCCUGGAGAAAAGGAUCCAGACCUACCUGCAGUCAACACGGCCCGUCAUCUCACUGUAUGAGAAACAGGGCAAGGUGCGCACUGUGGAUGCCUCGUGCGCUGUGGACAAGGUGUUUGCCAAUGUCAAAACCAUCCUGGACAAGGAGAUUUGAAAUUCCGCACACUGCCAACAACUACCAUUCACAGAUACUUUUAGUUGCAGCAACAAUAUACUUAGUUUAUUUCCAUUCAUUACUUUUUACACUUAUACAUUUUUUUGGGGGGGGGCCUAUUUUUUUGUCAAUGCCAAGGUGUGUGUGUGUGUGUGUGUGUGUGUGUGUGUGUGUGUGUGUGUGUGUGUGUGUGUGUGUGUGUGUGUGUGUGUGUUAGAGUGAAUGAGAUAGGUAGUCAGAUGCUCUGCUGAAAAACCUUACAUGAACCCUCUGAGGGGGUUCACUAUGAAAGUAGUACACCGACUGACAGGUCUGUCAUUUUAGUCGGGGGCCGUUGUAUACGGACAAGACUAUUAGAAUUGCUCUGCUCCACGAGGUGCUUGUUUUUCUUGUCAAGCAGAGGCAUAUACAGUACAGUAUGUUAACAAAAUGACAUUAUCUGUGAUAAAAUCUCUACAUCAUUGUCAGCAGUAACCUAGACAAGCACAUGCUUUUUUCACAGACCAACCACUUCUCUGGACUAGAUAGAGAAGGAUCAUGUAGAAAAGGACAGACCGAGGGGGAGAGAGAGAGCAUCUCUGCUAAAUCAAUUUAGAUAAACACUGUUGUCUUAUGGGCUUCCCCUGUAUACUAAUUAAACAUAGAAAACACCUGUCUCAUGUUGAAAGAAAUAUGAACUAAGGUAAUGGAGGAACAAGCAACCUUGAUUGCAGUAGUACAAAUUUGUGGAUUAAACUGGCAUGACAACGAUAGUUGGUUACAGCACAUACGGUGUUGGACCAGUUCGAAAUUUAAACUGGGCUUAGUCCUAAAUUUAAACUCUGUUUAUCUGUGAGUGUGCAUCACUGCACAUUACAUUUUAUUGGGUGUUCUGCACGUGAAAUAUUAUUUGGUGUUCUGCACAUUAAAGAUUAUUUGGUGUUCUCCAGAAUGCUGAAAUACUGAGUGUCUUUGUGGUCCCAUGUAGGGUGACUGAAAAUGUCAAGUCCAAUAGAUACCUAGUUCUCCAUGAUCACUUGGCUCUGGCUUUAUGCGUCACUACAAAAGUGCACAAAGAUCAGCUCUCGGCAUAAGUUUUUGUUGUGUGUUAUUUGUUUAAUCAUUGAUUACACAACAAAGGAAAAAAGUACCAGUUUUGUUGAAUCUGAGUAUGUUACCAUGUAAAGUGGGAGAAAAAGUUAAUGACAGACAAACCAAAUAUA